AACGGUCACACUCGCCUGCAUAACCAUUUACAAUUCAUUAUUAGUAUAAUCCAAAACUCCUGUUUUUAAUGUUGCGCCAUAGAGUUUUGUCAGGAAUCCGCCCCGGCAUAUGGAACCGCCACUUGUCGGUGCUGGCUAAGUCCCUGAAGUACACUCAACAUGGCGAACCACAGGAUGUUUUGCAACUGGUGGAGGACAAACUUUCCGAUCCCAAGGACAACCAGGUGCUGGUAAAGAUCUUGGCGGCUCCCAUUAACCCAGCGGACAUAAACACAAUCCAGGGUAAAUACCCAGUGAAGCCAAAGUUUCCAGCCGUUGGAGGCAACGAGUGUGUGGCCGAGGUUAUAUGCGUAGGCGACAAUGUGAAGGGCUUGGAGGCGGGACAGCAUGUCAUUCCCCUGGCCUCUGGCCUCGGCACCUGGACAACCCAUGCCAUCUACAAGGAGGACCAGCUACUGGCCGUGUCAAAAAAAGUGGGUUUGGCGGAGGCAGCCACAUCGACGGUAAAUCCCACCACCGCCUACCGCAUGCUGAGGGACUUUGUCCAGCUUUCAUCGGGAGACACGGUCAUCCAGAAUGGAGCUAACAGCGCAGUUGGCCAGGCAGUGCAUCAAUUGUGCCGUGCCUGGGGCCUAAAUAGCGUAGGCAUUGUCCGCGAUCGACCGGAUAUUGCAGAGCUUAAGCAGAUGCUGCAGUGCAUGGGAGCCACCGAGAUCCUGACCGAGGCCGAGAUUCGCACCAGUGAUAUCUUUAAGUCGGGCAAGCUGAAAAAGCCCCGACUGGCCUUCAAUUGUGUGGGCGGCAAGAGCGCUACUGAGGUUUCGCGUCAUUUGGACAAUGGCGGCGUGAUGGUCACAUAUGGCGGCAUGUCCCGCGAGCCUGUUACCGUGGCCACCGGACCCCUCAUUUUCAAGGAUAUUGCAUUUAGGGGCUUCUGGAUGACACGGUGGUCCAAGGAGAACUACAGUUCCGCCGAACGAUCGAAAAUGUUCAAGAAUAUUUUUGAUCUGAUGGAACAGGGGAAGUUUGUGGCUCCCAACCAUGAGAUGGUGCCUUUGGAUAAGUUUCAAGAUGCGGCGGCUGCUGCCCUGAACUUCAAAGGAUUCACCGGCAAGAAGUACAUCUUCGACAUGAGCAUUUAGUUGCGGAACUUAAUAAUUUACAUGUAUUAUGUAUUAAAAUUGAAGUCUAAUGUGAUACAAUUCA